UAACAGGGAGCUAUUAUUACUGUGGCUCUGCUUUCCUCAGAGAAGCUCAGGCUGAAAUCCCUCUUAGGAAACCCGCGUCCCCUAAAUGACUCGUCUUCCCUGGGCCCUGACGUGGGGGAAGCCCGGAGCUUGGGCCCAGUCUCCAGCACCACCCCCCGCCGAGUCAGGAAUAGAAACCACUGCCUCCGGCUUCCCGUGGCCUCCCUCCCUCCCUCCCCGGCAGUGAUCGAUGCUGCCUCAGCUGGGGGCAGGAGGAAGACGAGAAGGACGGCCCGGGGCCUCCCGCGGCAGCGAGCCUCCGCGGGUCAGAGGGGACACAGAGGAGCCAGGAGCGGCCAGUGUCUCCCCAGCCUCGGCGCCUUCAGGGACAGACGCCCCGGCGGGCUUCCUGGAGGAGCUGGGACAGGCGAGCGCACUGAAGCCAUGGUGAGCGAGUCCCCGGGGCCCGGUGGCCGUGUCCCUUGGCGGCGAAGCGACGAGGUGCUGCGCGUGAACGUGGGCGGCGUGCGGCGGCGGCUGAGCGCACGCGCCGUGGCGCGCUUCCCGGGCAUGCGGCUGGGCCGCCUGCAGGCAGCGGCGUCCGAGGAGCAGGCGCGGCGCCUGUGCGACGACUACGACGCUGCGGCGCGCGAGUUCUACUUCGACAGGCACCCGGGCUUCUUCCUGGGCCUGCUGCACUUCUACCGCACGGGCCGCCUGCACGUGCUCGACGAGCUGUGCGUCUUCGCCUUCGGCCAGGAGGCCGACUACUGGGGCCUGGGCGAGAGCGCGCUGGCCACGUGCUGCCGCGCGCGCUACCUGGAGCGGCGGGUGACGCGGCCGCGCGCCUGGGACGAGGACAGCGACGCCCCAAGCAGCACGGACCCGUGCCCUGACGAGAUCUCCGACGUGCAGCGCGAGCUGGCGCGCUACAGUGGUGCGCGCUGCGGCCGCCUGCGCCGCCGCCUCUGGCUCACUAUGGAGAACCCGGGCUACUCGCUGCCCAGCAAGCUCUUCAGCUGCGUCUCCAUCGGCGUGGUGCUCGCCUCCAUCGCCGCCAUGUGCAUCCACAGCCUGCCCGAGUACCAGGCCCGCGAGGCGGCUGCCGCCGUGGCUGCAGUGGCCGCUGGCCGCAGCGCAGCAGGCAUGCGGGACGACCCGGUGCUGAGGCACUUGGAGUACUUCUGUAUCGCCUGGUUCAGCUUCGAGGUAUCAUCGCGCCUCCUGCUGGCACCCAGCGCGCGCAACUUCUUUUGCCACCCUCUCAACCUCAUUGACAUCGUGUCGGUACUGCCCUUCUACCUCACACUGCUGGCAGGCAUGGCGCUUGGCGACCGGGUCGGCACAGGCGGCGAGGAGCUUGGCGACCUGGGCAAAGUGGUACAAGUGUUCCGCCUCAUGCGCAUCUUCCGUGUCCUCAAGCUGGCACGCCACUCCACCGGCCUGCGCUCGCUGGGCGCCACGCUCAAGCACAGCUACCGUGAGGUGGGCAUCUUACUGCUGUACCUGGCCGUGGGUGUGUCUGUGUUCUCCGGCGUGGCCUACACAGCUGAGAAGGAAAAGGACGUGGGCUUUGACACCAUCCCAGCCUGCUGGUGGUGGGGCACAGUGAGCAUGACCACCGUGGGCUACGGAGACGUAGUGCCGGUGACAGUGACUGGCAAGCUGGCAGCCUCGGGCUGCAUCUUGGGGGGCAUCCUGGUGGUAGCGCUCCCCAUCACCAUCAUCUUCAACAAGUUCUCCCAUUUCUACCGACGCCAGAAGGCUCUGGAGGCCGCCGUGCGCAACAGCCACCACCGGGAAUUUGAGGACUUGCUGAGCAGCAUUGAUGGGGUGUCGGAGUCGUCUCUGGAGACAUCCCGUGAGACCUCCCAGGAGGCAAGGUCUGCAGAUCUGGAGUCCCAGGACCCCAGUAGGCCUCCAAGCUCUCAGAUUUAUUAAAACCAAGGCUCCAGGUCCACCUUCCCACAUCUGUACAGUCAGCUGAUGCAGAGCAGAGAUGCCUCCCCUGCUUACAUUCUUCAUGGCAGCAUGGCCUCAGGAUGGCUCACCGGGGCCUGAGAAGUGGCACCCCGAGCCUGAAUGCCUUCCUCCAAAGACUCAGCACCAGGAUAGUGUUACCCUAGAUUCUGUGAGCCUGGAGAGCAACCCAGAGACCUUUAUAAACAAACCUCCCACCCAUCCACGAGGCAGGCAUGAGCCAGAGAAGUCUAAAGGAUGCUAGCAAUUGUCUUUAAGCCAGAUCACAUCUGGCCCUGUGUUGGAGGAUGAGAAUUAUCCCCAUUUCACAGAUAAGGAAACUGAGGCUCAGUGAGGUACAAUGAUUUGCCCACACAACUAGAAGUGGUGAGGCCAAGUCUGGAAUCCAGGUUUGUUGGUCUGCCAAGACCUAUGUUCCACUCGAGUUUGCGUGUGGUUUUAGAGGAUUUGUGGAUCCCCAGAUUGACCCAAAGGGUUAGAAUCCUCUGCCAGAGCUAGGGAAAGGACUGGGCGGUGGAUCAGAUGUAAGAGGCCUGGACCCCCCGUGGUCUUUUCCAGCAGAUUCCAACAAGAGUCAGCUCUCAAAGAUGAGGUCUGAGGGGAAGGAUGAGGGCUCUGCCUCCUUCGCUGAUGUGCAAGAUUUGCUUCCUCCCAGGGCUGGCUAGAGACACAGAGAAUCUGAGAGGCCCUGUCCUGCGGCCUGAGGUCUAGACCCAGAUGAGUUAGGGCCUGAUGUGUGAAUGUCCUGCCCCAUGUGAUGUCCCUGCCCCAUCUCUGGAUUUCAGCCCAUCUGUAAAAUGGCCACAGUCUGUGCCCCAGGGGAAGAUGAAAGACAAAUGGGGCAGGGGAGGCACUGGUGAAAGCCAGCUAGGCUCUGAAAUAUUGGUGGCAAGGAGCUACCAUGCAUGGACACCUGUGCCCCCUGCAUCCCCUCAGUAUGACCUUGGCAGUUUCCUUCUGUCCACCAUGCAGACCUCCAACCCUACUUUGAGUUACUGUCCAGGCAAAACCGUGGGACUCCUGUCCCUUUUGGCCAGCUCCAGCCCCCUCAUCCUUGCUGGGUACAUGCCUAUCCUAUUCACCUGCUGAAUCCUCCUCUACUUGCUGAGAAAGUUGGGAGCAAAGGGUCCCCUUACAUACACUGUUGCUGGAACGCCCAUCACUACACUGUCACUGCCUGGCUCUGGCUCCGUCUGUGCCACCACACUGAGCUUCAAAAUGGAACUCAUUGUCUGGUUGAACUGGACUUGGUGAGGAGCAGGUAUUUAGUAAAUGUUGAAUGAAUCAACCAAUGUGUACAGCCUACUGUGUGCCAAGUAUUUGGGAGAGAGAGGAAAUAGCCAGAGGGAACCCUGGCCAUCAAGUGGGUGUAGACAAGACUGAAAAGGGGGUCCUUCAGUUCUGCCUCCCUCUUCCUCCUUGCUUUUUGAGGCUUUUACAAUGAUUUCCAUGUCAAUUCUUCACUCACUCAUUCAACAGAUAUCUUCUAGAGGGGUCAUAAGCCGGGGCUUCAUGUGUGGCCUGCAGGCAUGUUUUGUCAAGCUGAACAGUAUUUUUAGUUUUUUUUCUUUUAAUUCCAGUGCCUUUGGGUGAGGCACACACUCUCCAGUGCCCACAGUGCCCCCUGUACACCCCCCGAAUGGACAUUACUGAGUUAGCACCCCCACUGCUCAGGCUUACUUCACCCCCAGCUUCCAAUUUAUUAACUGCCUGUUAGGUCAGGAGAUAGAGUGGAGACAAAAUAUACAGACAAGUGGGGGAGAUGGAUUUUAAUCCAAUUAUCAUAAAUAUGUAAUAUGAGCUCUGCUAAGUACAGGGCACUCUGAGUGUGUGUAAUGUAGCAGGAACUGUUGACCAAGGUCAGAGAAGACUCCUGAGCAAGUGACGACUUAACUUGCCAUCACGGGGAUCAAUAACUAAGUGGGCAACCCUACAGACAAGUCUCCCAAGCUGAGGGAACGGUGUGGGCAGAGGCCUUGUGUCAUACACAGGGCCUGGCACCUAGUUGGCCCCGACAUGUGGGUGGAUUCUGCAUCUCCAAAUGGAGCAAGACUGGAGCCAAGCUAAGGGGCUGCUCACGAAGUCACCAGCCUUUCUGCACCCUCACCUCGUAACAUCGAGGCCCAGCUCUCCCAGGUCGGAGCGUGGAAACCAGGAGGGCUGCAUGCACUAACUACCCUUAUGAUCUUCCUGAACCUAUGAAGGAGCCAGCUUCCAGACUUUCUGACCCCACAGACAAGUCCCUAAAGCCAGUGUGGGGAAAGCUCGGGGAGAGCCCCCUGGCCUGUGUCCCUCGUGAGGUUCCCUGUGGUCCUGGCGGAAAAGCAGCAGCUUACUCCCACUCGCACGUGUCAGUGGAAACCAUCAUGCAAAUAAAGAGGCCGGGCCCCGGACCCUGUAAGGAGGUGGCUGCCUGGCAUGCUUUCUGGGUGCCCAGGGACGGUGGUCGAUACAUGGACUCAGAAUCCAUGUUCUGUGUUUUCACUCUUGGAUUUGGCACAGGUUAUAAGUGACAGGACCCAGCUGGAACUAACUUGGUCAGAAAUGUCAAUUCAUUAGCAUAAAUAAUUAAAGUGAUGAACAACUGUUACAAUUAUAAUUCUUUGGUUGUAAACAACAGAAACUGGCUAUUGUAUGAAAAAAAAUAAAUUUAUUGGAAAGUA